UAAACAUGAAUGGGAGAAGAUUAUUCAAAACUUACCAAGUCGCUGGACAUUCCAAAUGCAAUGCUCCUCGUCAGCUUGCCAUCACCCAAGAGUUGUAUUCGAGUCCUCUUCAAGAUCUCAACUGUCUUCCUUUCAUCUUUCUCCGGUCCAUCUUCAUCACCACCCAACUGGGAACCACAACAACCAGAGCACCUCCAAGAUCAGGAAGAAUUGCAACAUACUAUACUCAACAGGUCAUACUGGACCAGAAGAAUCCACAUUCUGUGCUCAGAACAUCACUUAGACGAAGCGCUCCGUCUUCUCGACCUCCUCUGCCUCCGCGGAUUCCAUCCCGAUUCCCUCAACAUUAGUAGCAUAAUCCACGCGCUCUGUGACGCCGCCCGCUUCCACGAGGCUCACCACCGGUUCCUCCUCUUCAUCUCGUCUGGUUUCGUACCGGAUGAGCGUACCUGUAAUGUAAUCAUUGCUCGCUUGCUUGAUUCUAAAUCCCCAGUUGAUACUUUACGUGUUAUGUAUAGUUUGAUUGGUGUGAAGAGUGAGUUUGUGCCUUAUUUGACUAGUUACAACCGUUUGAUUAAUCAGCUAUGCUUGAUUUCCCGGGUGGGGAACGCUCAUAGGUUAUUUUUUGAUAUGAAGAGUAGGGGACACUGUGCUAAUGUUGUUACUUACACUACUUUGAUUGAUGGGUAUGAGCGAAUUCGUGAAUUAGUUUCUGCUCAUAAGUUGUUCGACGAAAUGCGUGACUGCGGAGUAAUGCCAAAUUCACUCACGCUUAGUGUGUUGAUUCGCGGAGUUUUUAGGAAGCGGGAUGUUGAAUGUGGAAGGGAGUUAAUGUGUGAGCUUUGGGAGAAGAUGAAGAGUGAUGAGGGUGAGGACCCAUCUGUAAAUUCAGCAGCUUUUGCAAAUCUUGUUGGUUCAUUGUGUAAAGAAGGGUAUUUUACUGAAGUUUUCGAGAUUGCUGAGGAUAUGCCUCAGGGAGAUAGUGUUGAUGCAGGGCUUGCUUAUGGGCACAUGAUUGAUUCUCUUUGUAAAGUUGGAAGAAACCAUGGAGCUUCAAGGGUUGUAUACAUAAUGAGAAAGAAAGGAUUUAUACCAAGCCUAGUAUCAUAUAAUUCUAUUAUACACGGCCUAUGCAAACAGGGAGGUUGCAUGAGGGCUUAUCAAUUGCUAGAAGAAGGAAUUGAAUUCGGGUACUUGCCAUCUGAAUAUACUUACAAGGUUCUGGUUGAAAGUCUUUGCCAAGAAUCUGAUGUUGAAAAGGCCAAGCAAGUUCUGCAACUGGUUUUGAGAAAGGAAGGUGUGGAUAAGACUAGGAUUUACAACAUAUAUUUAAGAGCUCUUUGUCUAUUGAACAGACCAACUGAGCUUUUAAACGCACUUGUUUUUAUGCUUCAGACUCACUGUCAGCCUGAUGUGAUUACCCUCAAUACUGUUAUUAAUGGUUUCUGCAAGGUGGGGAGAACUGAUGAAGCUUUGAAGGUCCUGGACGAUAUGCUUAUAGGCAAAUUCUGUGCUCCUGAUACCAUCACUUUUACGACAAUUAUCUGUGGGUUACUGAAUGUGGGAAGAACGAAUGAAGCUCUUGAUACUUUGAAUCGACUGAUGCCUGAAAGGGGUUUUAGCCCUGGUGUUGUGACGUAUAAUGCAGUUAUCCGUGGUUUGUUUAAACUAGAACAAGUAGAUGAAGCAAUGCAGGUCUUCAAUGGCAUGGUAAGUAACCGUGUGGCUGCAGACAGUUCCACCUACGCAAUAAUAAUUGAUGGAUUAUCCGGUUCGGGCCACAUAGAGGCAGCAAAGAUGUUCUGGGACAAUGUUGUCUGGCCGUCGAAGAUUCAUGAUCAGUACGUUUAUGCUGCAAUUCUUAAAGGGCUUUGCCGUAAUAGCAAGUUCAACGAAGCAUGUCAUUUCCUCUAUGAACUUACAGACUCGGGGAUCACUCCGAAUAUCAUAUGCUAUAACACUGUGAUUGAUAGUGCUAGCAAGCAAGGUCUGACGAGAGAAGCUUACCAAAUUGUUGGAGAAAUGAGAAAGAAUGGAUUGGACCCAGAUUCUGUGACUUGGAGGAUUCUUGAUAAAUUGCACAAAAGCAUAAAGAUAUGAUUCAACCUAGUAAAUCAAAAAGGGAUUUACAAGAGGUGAAUUGAACCCUAGUGAGCCAACCUUUUAUCCUUAAGUAGAAGGGGUUGAUUGAUCUUACUACCUGAAAGUACUCCGGUUUUGUUUUGAAGUUAAACUCAGCUCGAUGGUAAAACAAGAAACGACGAUAAAUGAAUUGUUGAGUGAAAUAGUGUUUUUGUCUUUUAGAUUCAACAGUAAAAGUAAAUUAAAUUUACUGUUGAUUAUAACAGAUUACCAACUAUUUCUUGUGGAUCUGAAGUAUGAUUAAUGUAUAAUUAAUGAAAAAAGAGUAAACAGAAGAAAAGAUGGUUUCUAA